UCGCUAGGGUUUGGCAGCUCAGGUCUUUAUUACUAUGAUAAGAUUAAAGGGGUAUGCAAAACGAUUACGUCAUUCUGCUCCCCGGCAUUAACUAGCCGGUAUAAGCUGUUUACGGUAACUCGAUUGUUUGCUCGACCUGUAUUAGGAACGGCGUUCUACCUGUUUCUAAAGGCAGUUAUUGCGAAUUAUUAUUUUAACCUUCGAGGUUUUUACUCACAACGGUGGACACCAGGACAUCUGCAACAUGCGGUGCGAUACACUCAAGUUCUGUCAGCAAAUUCGCCCCAAGCAAACUCUUGUGGUUAUAAUAUGUAUAGUGUUCAUAUCAUCUGUUUGGUGGAUGUCCUCAUUGGUAAAUAUACCAAAUGUAAUACAAGGCUUUAUCCAAACCACCUGGCGAAGAUCCAACAAGGUUGAAGACAUAAAACCAAAUUAUUAUUUUCUGAUUACUGCUAACUAUACUGAUGGAAACAAACAGACAUUCAAACGACCACCUUCUAGCAAAGACAACAAAGGAACAGCUAGCAAAUUAAUUCUAUUAAAAAACAGUCCAGGAAAGCCCUGGGAUUUGAUUGCGGCCAAGGAACUUCGAUCAUGUUCUGCUAAUUGCACAUUGGUGACUUCUGGCAACAACCUGAACGACUUUGAUGCUGUUAUAUUCUACGGAGUGGGUUAUCCGAGAGAUAGUCCACCUAGAAAGACUCCAGGCCAAGUGUGGAUUUAUUUUAUAAGAGAGACUCCAUACUACAGUAAGGACUCCAAGUUUAACAGGGCAGAAUGGAGAAACAAGAUCAACUGGACUAUGACGUACAGAUCAGAUUCUGACAUCUGGUAUCCGUAUGGACGUAUACUUAAAAGAGAAAAACCUAAACAGUUAGAUUUUCAAGGAGUAACGAAAAACAAAACAAAACUGGCAGCGUGGUUUGUCAGCCAUUGCAGAACGCCAGGUGAACGUCAUAAAUACGUUGAGGAGAUUCAGAAAACGAUUUCAGUUGACAUUUACGGACGUUGUGGAAAUAAAAAAUGUGACAAUAAUAAGGCCCAACAGUGUUUGCAAAUGCUUUCUCGGGACUAUAAAUUCUAUAUAUCAUUUGAAAACAGUUUUUGUUACGACUAUAUUACUGAAAAGGCUCUCCUGUACAUGGGCGCUGACAUUGUCCCUGUAGUACGAGGAGGCGCGAAUUACAGUAAAUUUUUACCUCCCAAUUCGUUCAUCAACACAGCAGAUUUCAAGAGUCCCAAGCUCCUUGCUGAAUAUCUUCUCUACCUGGACAAAAACCACACGGCGUAUGUAGAAUAUUUACAGUGGAAGAAUCAUUACUAUUCGGAAACAGAGAGGGUGCCUAUUUGUGAACUGUGUACAAAACUGUCAAAUGCUACAGCCUAUGCCAAUGUUUAUAAGGACAUUUACUCUUGGUGGCAUAAAGAUACAUGCAAGCGACCAAACGAUUUGGGUUCCUGAGACAACAUACAUAUAGGAUUCUAUACGAGUUUGCACGAAACGAGUGAACUUUCCAUGUUAGUAUAUGACCUAACGAAUGUGAGAUCAGAUACCAUGGGAUGAUAUUAGUGCUAAAAAUCCGCUUCAUAAAAACGGAGCCCCAGAUCAGUUUGCCCGAAUGUCUCUUUCGUUUUAGGUCGAAUUUGAUGAUUUGUUCCAGCACUGUGUGUGUUCGGGAUGGGUGAGUGGGUGGUAAGGGGUUCAGUCCGCCCCCCCCCCCCCCCCCGCCCCUGUCUCAUUCGCUUACGGAAAUAGGACAUAUCUCAGUCAUGUCUGUUUGUUGUUUAUUGUGUUUUGUUUUGCGUUACGUAUUUGUUGAACAGCCAAUAAGAUUAAUGGUUUCUUAUUGUAGGCUACAGUGGGCGGGACAUAGCCCAGCGGUAAAGCGCUCCAUUGGAUGCGCGGUCGGUUUGGGAUCGAUCCCCGUCGGUGGGCCCAUUGGGCUAUUUCUCGUUCCAGCCAGUGCACCACGAGUGGUAUAUCAAA